GCCAUUAGAAUUGUGAAAACUGGUUUGUGCGAGAGAACUUUUUAGAAAAGUGUUGAACUUUGACAUCUUUGGAUUUAUGGUUAAUAUGUCUUAAUUGAACCAAACUAUCCCUUGCAUUCAUAAAUAAGCAGGGCUUGCUAAGAGUCGGUAUCUGACAAAGAUAUAUUCAUACACCUCGCAGAUACCAUAUUUGUAUUCGCCUUCAAGACAUACAAAGAUAUGGAAAGGGGAAUGAGGGAUAACCGUUACAAUCAUAGAAGCACUGCUGGUGCGCAUUACGCAUAUAAUUAAUUUUCACUUGUGCUUGUCAAAUGUGUGAACUUUUUUCUGUGCAGACACAAAACGAUUGUUUAAAUUCGUUCGUUCGUAAAUUUUGUACAAUUAUUAGUGUCGAAGUGUAUUUAAAACAUGUUGCCCGAAGAUGCUUCCAAUAGUGCCAACGCGUCAACGAGUACUUCAAAUAUAUUGUCGCUGAAUAACGAUUGCUUGGCAAAGAUUUGUACUUACUUAAAUUUAAGGGAGCACCUCAGCUUUGCCAAUGUCUGUGCUCGUUUUCGUUAUGUUGUUCAAUGGAUAAGCAGAAGAUUGUAUAAAGAAUGCGACUUUUAUAAAAUAUCGUAUUUGACGCCGUUCGAAAUGUUGGAAUUCUUUCACUGGGCUGGCGAAAGUUUUGAGCAGAUAACGUCUGAGGAACCAUUUCGAGAUCGCGAUUUCAUGGUCACAGUAAUCGGGCGCAACUGUCCCAACUUGAAGAAAGUCACCUUGUGCAAUUGUUUCCUGAAUGAUGAGUGUGUUGAAGUUCUGCAGGCGUUUUUAAAGAAAAUUGAGUCAUUGACACUUUGCGAUAGUCGAAAUAUAACGGGUAAAUACAUGAGUGGUAUGAUUCAUCUAAGAGAGCUAAACUUAUCUGGUUGCAUUCGAGUGAGAGCAUCGCAUUUAAUGGCGAUUUUCGCCGCUGCUCCUAACUUAAGGCUACUUGAUAUCCGUGGAUGUAGACGAAGCAGGCCCGAAAUGUACGAAGCUUUGCUCAAAUAUUGUCAACAGAUUGAAGUGCUGAAACUGUCUUGCCCUAAGUUCUCGUAUGCCUGUUUGGCAUCUUUGCCGCGACUAAGAGAACUGUUUCUCGUAGAUGGCGCCCCAAAGGGUGCAACCAAGUUGUGCCUAUAUCAGCAAUUGGCACACAGACCUAGACAGUUUGAAGUUUUGAAUAUUCGUUCAAAUAGCAGUCUAACAGCCGAACAUUUAACUUUGAUAUCACAACUGCAGUCCUUGAGAGAACUUACGCUAUCUCAUAAUCUCGUAGUCAACAAUGAUGGGCUAGCAAAAUUAUGUAAAUUGCAAAAUCUCGAAGUAUUAGGAAUUAAGGGCUGUAUGUGUAUUAGUGCGAAAGGGCUUUUAAAGCUAUUGCAACAUUGCACCAAACUUCAUCAGCUAAAUAUAAUAUUUAUCCGAAAUAUCACGUGCAAAUUCGUCCUCGAUUCAAUUCCUAUCCUCUGGAGGACAUAUAAUGAACGGAAAAGGAAAUUUGUACUUUUAGCCUUUAACACAAACAUACAGGAAAAAUCUCUGCGGGACGAAGUCCAAUAUUUGGAGGCUGUGGAAAAAUCACUCAUCGAAGUAAGAGAUGUCCUUAACCCUGCAGAUUUAUAUGGCGGCCCCUAUUACAAUUACUCGCGAAUAGGUCCUUGCAUAAACAACUACGAAGACGACCUAUACAGCACAGAUGAGGAAGAAAAUGUUGCUUUUCUCUUGGCAAACAUGUCUGGCAAAUCGUUUAUUUAAUUUUAAGUUGACAGGCGUUUUAGGAAAGUGUUUUGAGACUGCUUUCUAUACUGUUUAAUCCUUGUGGAAAUACCUAAAAUAUUACAUUUUUAGUUAAAGACAAGUGAUGUGUAGUAACUUUGAAUACUCAAUUUAGCCAGAGCCGAAAAAACACAGAAAAUUCAAAUUGAA